GUAAUUGGAAACCAACCCUAAGCUCCUUUUAUCUCCGCUCCAAAGGUAGCCCCGAUUAUUGCUGACUUAAGCAUCGGAGUGUCUACCUCGAGGAUCCACCUCGGGGCUUUGCAGGUCAAUCCUGAGUGCAGACACGGACUGAAGAAGGACUUCUGGUUUGGUGCAGUUACAUUUUGGCGCCGUCUGUGGGAAUCUGAACUAAAGGCUCCCUUGUUGCUCUUAUCAUGGUUAAGACUAGGUCAGCCCGAGGUGGAAACUCGUGUCAGCCUCUUGGACGAGGUCAGGUCCCCAGCAACCUUCCACCUCAUCCCCCACCCCCAAUCCCGAAUACAUUCCCUCAUGUUGACCAUACAAAAGGAGGGGAUGAAAAUCAGCCACACAAUUCGGCUCGCAACUCAGCCUCUACUGCUAACCAAGACGUAGUUGCAACUCAGCUCACUGCCAUGCAACAGCAGUUUGGUGUCUUUCAGCUAGUGCUGGCUCAGCUAUUAGCCCGGAACAAUCCUGUUCAGCAACCCCUUCAUGAUGAUGUCACUCGACGUCUAGAUAGCUUAGAAAAGCUAGUGGUUGAACAGCGAGGUGGCCCACCUCCACACCCUGCUGCUGAUUCCGUACCCCACCCUCUCAACACCAAUAUUACACUGGAACCUUAUCCCGUUGGCUUUAGGAUACCACAACUUGAAACUUAUGAUGAGACGAAGGACCCCGAUGAUCAUCUACAUGCUUUCUACUCUUGCAUGCAAGCCCAGAACGCCUCUGAUGCGUUGAUGUGCAAAAUCUUUCCCUCUACCCUUCGAGUAGAAGGUUGGUCAGGAAAACCACUUCCGAGCUGAUGCGAGUUUUUUUUUUUUUGCACAGCAAAAGGUAUUUGAUUAUAUAGGGUACAAGGGGUACUCCUGCCCAUAAUACACAAACAAGGAAAAU